GUUAAAGGCUGAUGAAAGCGUUUCGUGUGACUGUAGUCGGGAUAAUUGAAAGAGGCUGAAACUUUUUUCUUAUUUCUUAAGGUGAGAAACAGUGCCAUCGUGUUCAAGACCUAUUCUGAGGCUUCUGUCUGUGAAGGCCAGUUAUCCUCUCUAGAGCAGAGUGAGGGCCAGGAUGAUUCUGACGACAUUAAAGGGCAUUGGGAAGCAGCUUCUGCGAGUUAAGGUUGUGGACUGUAAUGCUGAGGACUCCCACUUUUGUCGAUGCCUCAACACAUUUGACCUGGUGGCCCUGGGUGUUGGCAGUACUCUGGGUGCUGGUGUCUACGUGCUGGCUGGUGCUGUGGCCAGAGAAAGCUCUGGACCAGCCAUCGUCCUCUCAUUCCUCAUUGCUGCCCUCGCCUCUGUCCUGGCCGGUCUGUGCUAUGCCGAGUUCGGAGCUCGUGUCCCCAAAACGGGCUCUGCUUACCUCUAUAGUUAUGUGACAGUUGGAGAGCUGUGGGCCUUUAUCACCGGCUGGAACCUCAUCCUCUCUUAUAUCAUCGGAACUUCAAGUGUGGCCAGAGCAUGGAGCGCAACCUUUGAUGAGCUGAUUGGAAAGCACAUUGAAGUGUUCUGCAGACAAUACAUGACCAUGAAUGCCCCAGGCUUCCUGGCAGAAUAUCCAGACAUAUUUGCUGUCUUCAUCAUAAUCACUUUGACAGGUCUGCUUUCAUUUGGAGUGAAGGAGUCAGCCUUAGUAAAUAAAGUGUUCACCUGCAUUAAUGUACUGGUGCUGCUGUUUGUGGUCAUCGGUGGCUUCAUCAAAGGAAACCUGAAAAACUGGGACGUGAACCCUGGAGAAAUCCUUAAUGGCACCAGCAACUCUAGCCUGAAUAUGUCCACUCCCUUACCAAAAAAGGAAAGUCUUGGUGAAGGCGGUUUCAUGCCUUUUGGCUUUUCUGGAGUCCUUUCUGGUGCUGCCACCUGUUUUUAUGCCUUCGUAGGGUUUGAUUGCAUCGCCACCACAGGAGAAGAAGUGAAGAAUCCCCAGAGGGCUAUUCCUAUAGGGAUUGUGGCAUCACUGCUUAUCUGCUUUGUGGCAUACUUUGGUGUGUCUGCAGCCCUCACUGUGAUGAUGCCUUACUACAUGCUAGACAAGAACAGCCCUCUCCCAGUGGCCUUUAAGUAUGUGGGCUGGGAGGGAGCCACUUACGCAGUGGCCCUUGGCUCUUUAUGUGCCUUGUCGACCAGUUUACUAGGCUCCAUGUUCCCAAUGCCGAGAGUGGUCUGGGCCAUGGCAGAAGAUGGCCUGCUCUUCAAAUGUUUGGCUAAAAUCAGUCCACGAACCAAAACCCCUUUAACAGCAACACUAGCAUCAGGUGUUGUGGCAGCGGUGAUGGCUUUCCUGUUUGACUUGAAGGACCUGGUUGACCUCAUGUCUAUUGGCACUUUGCUGGCUUAUACUCUGGUGGCUGCCUGUGUGCUGGUCCUCAGGUACCAGCCUGAACUAUCCAGUGCAGCCUACGAGAUGGCCAACACUCAGGAUGAACCUGAAAUUGGCGAGUCCUAUAAUGAAGGGAAAAUAGACAUGUUACCGCAGCCAGAGGAUCACUUCACCAUGAAGAACCUCCUUUUCCCUUCAAAUACAGAACCGUCCCCUCUUUCUGGCUUUGCUGUUAGCAUUUGUGCCAGUGUACUUGGUAUUUUGGUGUGUUUCUUCAGUGUUGUAGCUGUCCAAGGAGGGUUCGCACCCUGGUCGGUGUCUGUCCUCUCUAUUAUCAUGGUGGUCUGUCUAAUUGUCACCUUCAUUGUGGGGAGGCAGCCACAGAGCAAGGUCAAGCUUGCCUUCAAGGUUCCCCUGCUUCCAUUUAUCCCAGUCAUCAGUAUGUUCAUCAACGUGUACCUGAUGAUGCAACUGGACAGAGGAACAUGGAUACGCUUUGCCAUCUGGAUGGUCAUAGGUUUAGUUAUCUACUUUGGAUAUGGUAUCCGCAACAGUGCAGAGGCAUCGUUGACCAGGUCUGAUACCUUCACUCCAGCCUGCACAAUUAAGGGAGAGCCCAUGGCCACAGAGAAGGAAGCCUUCCUGCACAACACCAACACCAACGGAGAUGACGAUGAUUCCUGAGGAAAUGGGAGGUCCACUAAUCUUCUCUGGCUCUGUUCUUCAUAUAAACAUUCACAUCUGUUAAAUUAUCUGAAUUAGUUGCAAAACCAUUUGACAUGGAGAUUCUAUCACCCCUCUAAUCAGAACUUUGAGUUGUUAAUUGUUUGGUUGUAAAUGUAACCAAAAAUGUUGUCUAAUUUGGUUGUCUGAAAGAUGCAAAAAGGAUAAUUAGAGCUUUAGCAAAAAGCUUUUUACAAAGAAUCUCUUUACCCCUGAAAGCCAAGAUUUUUUUCUCAGAAAUCUUUUUUUAUUUUCUAGGUAGUUUCUUUUGCACUUUGGUAUGAUCAAUUACCUAACACAGCGAAAUCCCAAAGGCAACGCACAAAUAGUUUUAACAAAGUUGAGGUUUUAUUAAGGCAUCUGUUUAUUAUUCACCUUUUAAACUUUUUUCGGGUACUUAAUCCGCAGUUUAUUAGAAUGAUGACCCAGUCAUAUAUUUUGCAAUAACAUUUGACCUCAACUUGUUUUAAUAGGAGUUCAGUAUUUGUUACUACUUUUCUACCUUGAAAUUGCUCAACAUUUUGAAAUGUUGGCAAUAUAAAUAUACGCCAUUGUAAAAGACAGAACCAUUGCAUAAAAAAAGUUUAAGGCUCAUUACAUUUUGACAACAUUUAGCAAAGUUUGUCACUUGUCUUCGUGCGGUAGGAGGCACAGUGCUGGCUACUGUGUCCAAAGCCUGUGAGAGAUUAUUUUUUAAAUCCACAUUUUAUUUCAUACAGUAAUUGAUUACAUUAAGAACAAUGUGUUGAGCAAAUAAUUACCUCAAACACAUCUCAUUUUGUUAUUGAGGAAAGGUAGAGAAGGCACCAACUGUGCCUGUCUAUUAAUCAUAUAUCUCAAAGAAAUGCUGCAUGGUGCUCUGAAUAAUGUGCUGCAGUACUUUGUGAUCAGUGCAUCUCUGUGUGAAAGUGUUAAUAAGAGGUACAUUUUGUCUUUUCACUGAUCGAGAGUUUCCUCGCGGCACACAUUCACCAGAGAUCAAAUACAGCAGGGAUGUUUCCAUCAGGGAGUUGCACUUGUCUAAUUUAGCCAAUGAUAAAUUUAAAAAAAAGCCUCCAAUGUGAAUGAAUUCAUCAGAAACUACAGAGUAUAUUCUGUAUGUUUUUAAGUGCCUCCUUCUGUAAUGAAUGUAAUGUCUUUGAAGAUAUAGUAUUCCUAUCUCACCAGCUAAUAUUGUGAAAUAUAUGUUGUCUGUAUAUAAUGUGCACUAUGGAUUUUAAAAGCCUACAGUUUAAUAUAUGAGAAAUUUCACCUUAGUGAACCAUUUUUAGUGUUUAGUUUGCAUACAUCUAAAUGAAAUUAAGCACAAGAGAUACUGAACAUCUGUGUUUUCUGUAGCAAUAUUUUACUUUUCUUUAAUUUUGAAAAAGCCAAACUGGUAUAUUCAGAAACUGCACUAUCUGCAACAGCAACCCUCAAGCAGUUAAGAUGUACAAUGUAUUUCAAAGUGUCUUUGCCUGUCAGUCAUUAUUUAAUGACAUAGGGGGAUGAAGGUUGAUUGUGAGUGUGUGCAGAUUCCCAGGGCAGCUAAAAUCUCACCAAGACAUAUCAAGGUAUGUGUGCUGACUACAGACUGGAAAUGCAACAAGGUGAAAAAUUGCUAUUUAUUAUGCAUUGGGAGAAAAUAUUGAUGUAACCUGAGUCUAAAUUCAUUAGGAUUUAAUUGGAUUAUACAAAAAACAAACACUAUUUAUUGACAUUUAUUGUUAAUAUAGAUUUUUCUAAUGAUAGAAUUGAAGUACAAGUUGUAAGAUGGCUUUGUAUAUAAAUUCAAUGUAUGUAAUUUAUUACAUUUUAAGAUGAUAUCAAAGCAACAUUGUCAAAUAAGAUUGUGCUGAAGAACAUCAUUUUUUCCAUCCAGAUUUUGUUUUGUAUAUAACAUUUACUAUACACUAUGUUGUCAUUGCUUUCAAUUUAUCAGUCCUUGUGCAGCAGCUAGCCUUUAUGUUCAAUUUGGAGAUGUGUGAAUCUUUAAGACAUAAUCGGAUACAAGCAUGUUAUUGCUGCUUUGUUUUCACCUGUAAAUACAGUUUUCAUUUUGAAAGUUUCUGCCAAUUUUGCAACUUUUGGUAAACCACCAAACAGCUUAAAUCUAUAAAAUAUUCUUUUGCAAGCAUUGCAGAAAGGAAGAGUCACCAAUCAUGUGAAUAGCGACUCCCUUAUGAGUUGGAUGUAAAAUAUUAGGCUUCAGUUUCACUGACAUUGAAUAUGCUUUUCAUUAUUAAUGCUGUAGCGACAUUGUAGGCUGUAGAAAAGUCAUGUUAGGCUUCAUCUUUACCAAUGGAUUUUUGUCCAUGACACUGUUUCAUGUAAAUAUUUGCAUGCUGCACUAAAUGUUAAAUUUUAUGAAGCUUGAAAAAAGAUUUUAUUGUACCGCUAAAUUACG